UAAACCCUAUCAAAGAGCUACUCCUCCUCCACUAUCAUCACCGGUGAACUGAACAAAUUUAACAAUGGAUCAAGCUACUACAAUUUAUUAGUUCUUAAAUCAUUUUCCCUUUACUUUUAUCUCCACAUCCAGCUAAACCCUAAUACGCACAACCAUGACGAUCCACUCCGUCAUCAUCCAAAAACUCCUCAGCACAAACGCCCAAUUAGGCCGCCGUGUCGCCGCCGAUCACUUCAAGAUUUACACUUAUGGAAUGCGAAACUCGAUGGCCAUAAUUGAUUCCGAUAAAACCCUAAUUUGUCUCCGAAAUGCUGCCAACUUCAUGUCUCAUCUUGCACGUGACAAGAAUGCCCGGUUCUUGUUCGUCAACACGAAUCCUCUGUAUGAUGAAAUCAUUGAGCAAAUGACUAAGAAGAUUGGAAUUUAUAGCCCUAGAGAUAAUAUUAUGUGGAAAAUGGGCGGUUUCUUGACUAAUAGUUUUAGCCCUAAAAAAUUUAGGUCUAGAAAUAAAAAGGUUUGUUUUGGACCAAUACAACCACCGGAUUGUGUGGUGGUGAUGGAUACAGAGAGGAAGAGUUCAGUGAUCUUGGAGGCUGCUAGACUGCAAGUUCCAAUUGUGGCUCUGGUUGAUUCCAACAUGCCGUAUGAAUAUUUUAAGAGAAUUACUUAUCCUGUGCCGGCUAGUGAUUCGGUUCAGUUUGUCUACUUGUUUUGUAAUAUUAUUACCAAGACUUUCUUAUUAGAGCAGAAGAAAAUGAGAGCAUUGAAGGGGGAUGUUAAAGAGGAACUUGCUCUUUCUAAGACGGAAUCCAGGGAAGAAGUGAAGCAGAUAGAGAAAAGUGAGAAUGAAGGAGAUAUUGGUGCUGCAAUGGAUGAACUUUUGCUUGUUCCUUAUCAGAACUUACUACCUGCUUUUGAUGAUAUUAAAGAAAUCAAGCAGCUUUUGGAUAAGCUUGUCGUGGUCAAGUUUAAUGGUGCCUUGGGAACUGCACUAGGUUUCAAUGGGCCGAAGUCUGCAAUUGAAGUUCAAAAUGGCUUGACAUCUCUUGACUUGAUAGUUAAUCAAAUUGAGGCUCUGAAUUGCAAGUAUGAGUGUCGCAUACCUUUGAUUCUUUUGAACACAGCCAGAACACAUGAUGAUACAUUGAAGGUUUUGGGCAAAUAUACCGAGUCAACCAUUGAUAUUCUUCCUUUUCACCUGGGCCAACAACUUCAACAAGAAUCUGUUGAUAAGCAGAGCAGUGAGGAUAAAUUGUAUCCUUCAGAAGAUGCUGCAGGUUUAAUUUCCCUGAUGAAGAGUGGAACUCUCGAUGUGCUUUUAUCGCAGGGAAAGGAAUAUGCACAUGUCGUUAGCUCAGACAGCACAGCUACUCUCCUUGAUCCGAAAAUCUUAAAUCAUUUGGCCCAAAACAGGAUUGAAUACUGUAUGGAGGUAACUCCAACCACGUCAACUUAUAUGAGGAAUAAUAUGCUUACUCAGCGCCAAGGAAGAUUUCAGCUUUCACAAAUCACACAAGAUCCCUCUAAGCAUGAGACGGAGAAGUUCAAAUUUAUUGAUACAAGAAACUUAUGGAUGAAUCUGAAAGCUAUCCGCAGGCUUGUGGACACUGAUGUAUCGAAUCUAUGUACUCCAAAGUUUUUUGAGCAACCUAUUGGCUUAAUUGUCCCUCAAUCUCAGUUAGUUCCGCUUAAUGCAACAUCAAAUUUACUUCUUCUUCAGUCUGAUAUGUAUUCAUUUGCUGAAGGCACCUUAGUUCGAAACACUGCUAGAGCUAACCCUGUAAAUCCAUCUAUUGAUUUAGGACCUGAAUUUGAAAAGGUCAGUGAAUUUCUAAGUCGCUUCAAAUCCAUUCCUAGCACAGUUGGGUUGGAUAGCUUGAAAGUAACUGGUGAUGUGUGGUUUGGAGCUGGUGUGACGCUUAAGGGGCGAGUAAGUAUAGUCGCAAAACCUGGGAUGAGACUGGAAAUUCCUGAUGGAGUCGUACUGGAGAACAAGGAGGUCAAUGACCCUGCAGACAUUUGAGAGCCCUUUAAAUUUAAAUCCAUUGUUGUUGAUUGAUAGAGAGAUUAGAGUAGACACAGUUGAAAUUUUGCAAUAAUAGGUGAUUAUUUUAUGCUGUAAUUUGAUGUAUUUAUUCAUUUAGUUGUAACCUGUUUACCAUUUUUCACUUGUCAGAAUAUAAUAAUUGUUGGUCAUGGUAAUGAACCAUCAUCAACCUCCAAGUAUAUGCCAUUGUUUAGGCAUUCAUAAAGCCAUUAUCCCAUUA